AUAAUUUAGGUAGUAGUAUUUAGAUUUACUUAUUUAUUUAUUCAUUUUAGUGAUUUAGCUUUACUUAAUUAAAUUGGCAUAAAUACAUAGAUACAUAUAUAUAUACAUACACAUAUUUAAGUUUUAAAAUAAGGAUUGCGUUGUUUUAGUAAAGCCUUAGACUAAUCAAUGUAUAGAUAAGUGCCAGUUUCUAGCAAGAUUGUAAGCAGAAAAAUAAAAGAGAGGGAUUCUCAAAUUCAUGAAACGAAAUUAAAAUAAAUAUCCAGUUAAAUUGAUACUAAGAGGCCAGAUCAUUUCAAUCCACUUUCAUACACUUAAAAUAAAAAGAAAAUACAAUUGAUGGAAGAUAAAUAUACAGAAAUAGAAAGAGAAAACAGAAUUUUGUUAGAGAAAAUAACUAAAAUUAUGAAUCCUCCAAAGACUACUAGCAACAAAAAUUAGUAUUAGGAUCAAUCAGUUAUGAAUAGACUAAGCAGAAAUAACAACUAUUCAACUAUAUAACAGUCUUCAUAUACAAAAAAGAAGUCAUUAAAUUAGCUAAAUAGAAGAAAAGAAUUGUUGAGCAUUAUGGAAGAGAAUAAAAAAAUUUUGGAAAGAAUAAAGUCCAGGAAAAGCGAAUAUGACCAUCGUAAAUGGGAAGAAGAUCACAAGAAAAAUGAAGUUCUUUUGCAUAAAAUAUCAGAAUAUCCUGUUAAUCUUUACAAGAAGAGUGAUUCAAAAGCAAUGUUCACUAGAAAUGAUUGCUAAUAUAACCCAAAUGGUUAAAAUUUAGACUAAUCAUCAGCUUCAAUUAAACGUUAGAAUUACUCGCUUGAUAGACAGAUUGGAGCACCAUAAUAGAAGACAGCUAACCAUAAAAGAGAUAGAUCGUUUCACUUAGAACCUUUAAGUAACAGCAAUAAUAAAAUAGAUGAAAACAAAACUAUUCUCUAUAGACAGUCACGUCAGUUUGGACUUAAUUUUUACAUUGUGGAAAUCUCUAUAGAAAAUGGUAUAUUUAGGAUUAUUGCAGAUGACAUUGAAAAUCCUCUUACGAGAGUUUUAGAAAUGUUUGAAAAUGAUGGGCUCAAAGUAUUAAAUAAAUUCUUCCAUAAUAAUUUAGAAGAACUUGUGUCAAAUUUGAAAAUAACUGAUAAAAUAUACAUUAAGGGAUUAGAAAAAUACCAAACUGAGCCAUCAGAGAAUUAUAAUUCAUAAAAUGAGAAAUUAUAUACAGAUAAGUCUUAAAUUUUAAGUAAUAAUAAAAGUUCUCCUUUUAUUUUUGAUAAAGGCUUUGAGAGCUAACAAGAUAACGGCUAUACUACUAACGAUUCUUAUUAAAAUAAAGAUUAAUAAAUAUAUACCCUUAAAGAAAAUAAUGCUUAAUUUGAUUAAAAUCAAUUAUAAUAAUAGCAAUAAUUAAAAUAAUCAGUAAGGAGAUCCUCAUUAAAUAAGUCAUAGAACUAGUAAAUAAAAUAAAAUUAAAACUAAGAAACUCCUAAUAGAAAAGUACUCCGUGAAAUCACAGAGUAAAAUAGCACAAAUAACAAUACUCUAGAUAGUAGAUCUCCAAUUUAAAUGAAUGAAAGAUAAUCUUUUAACAAUAGCCCAAACUAAUAAAACAAUAAUUAAACAUUUACAAAUUCUAAGUUAAUGAUGGAUUUUUAUAACAAUUAGUAAGAAUUCGAAAAGAAUUACAAAACUACCUAAAACUAAAGUAACUCAAAAUAAUAAUAAUAAUAAUAAAAUUACCAAAACAGCUAAAAAGAAUAAAAAAGAUAACCUGAAUUGAAUAAUAAAACUAAAUAUGAAAAAGAUGAGUAUGAGGAUGAAGAAGAAGAAGGAGAUGAAAUUCUAGGAGCUUAAAAUUGA